AUGAUGAGCGGCCAGUCUUCUCUGAUAACUAUUUCCCCGGGAAAAUCUUGUACCACAAAAUCUUUUCCUGUAUCCACAGAGAAGAUGGGACGUCUCCCCUUAGGUGCAGUUUCUCCCUAUGUAAAAACAAGCUCUGGUGGAAGUAUGGACCCCAUGAAAUUCUAUUGUACCAGCUAUGGGGCAGCUUAUGGUCAGGAAGGCUUUCGUCCUCGGAAUGGCUUCCAUUUUGGAGCAGGAUAUAAAAGCAACUACCGGCCUGUUGUCCAAUACAACCCAAACCUGGAUAAAAUAGAUAAUCCAGCUGUGGGGAAACUCCUUCAAGAUAACUAUGAAUCCAUAACAAAUACACAUUUCCAGCCCCUUCAGCUCCCUGAUGGGAAGUAUCCUCUUCCCUGGAGUGUACAUCAGCCAGGCAGUGGGUAUGUUCGAGAAAAGCCUCUAACUUUUCCCACAACCAAAACAGUCAAAAAGGUACAUUUUGACACAGCCAACCAGGGAGCUGAAGCUAUGAUAGGGCUGGAGCCCAGACAUGUCCCUGCACUCCACAAUACAUAUGGAAAAGGCUCAGUUGAAGCGGAAAAUGCAAGACACGGACCUCAGUUCAUGUCCACGGAGUACGGCUCUAAGUACCGCUUCAAUAUUCCAGGGCAACCAGAUUUCCUGCAAAACAAAACAAUUGGAGCCAAAGAAGAAUCAGGAUUUACUGAAGGCUGCCUUGCUAACCCCAUUGUGGAGAAACUAGCAUCUCAGAACAGCAAUCCUGGAAUCAGCAUUAUGAAGGCAGAUUAUCUACCAUCUUCUUUUCCACAUGGGGAUGAGUUUCUACCAGUCCUUUCCAAAGGCUCUGAGCGGGGCUCUGGAUUUAGUCGGCAGAAGGAUCUUCGCCUUGGUUCUUCAGGACCUCCACCCAAUGCAGAAGCAUCUGGGCCACUGAGCCAUUCUCAGUUCCAAGGCCUUUUUCGACAGCCUCAAACACAAACCAAUCUUCUAGGACGAGAGUAUGUAGGCAACAAGGAGUCAUCGGGAUUCAGCACCAACAACCUUAAUUAUGUGACACCUGCGUAUGACCCAAAUCUGCCCAACAGGUUUUUGACAAGCUAUAAUUCCAAGUUUUAUGAAACCAUUUCAAAGGGAGUGGACAGGGAGGGCUGGACCCGAGGGGGUAUCCAGCCUCAACAAGCAGGUGGCUUUGCUACGAACAAUCACGGAACUGGCUUAGGAAGUGAUCCUAAUGCUACAGAAACCUUGAGGACUGUUCAUCCCCAUGUUGGCAGGACGAUCACAACUGUUGACCCAUUCUAUCGCGAUUCUCCCCAUGAUCGGCGCUUUGCUGCUCUUCAUCAGACAGCUGUCCCCAAUUAACCUCUCUUCAGAAGUGAAAAGCACAGUGAUGUCUUUAGACUUCAAGGAACCACUCUACAUGCUAAGGAAGGAGCGUCACGAAUUGUACUGUCAUAAUGAAUCUGUCUUAUUUUAUGUGGUAUUGUUUUAAAGAAAUUAAGACAUAUAUUCAAGCUGUGUCUCCUGUCCUAGAUUAGCACCUUGAAAUGGAUUAAAAAAUAUUUGGGAUAGUUAUGGUUUUUAUAGAGUUUCUGCAUCUCUAUAGCUGUAAAAAACUUGGUGGCAUAAUGUGAGCAUCUGACUA